CUUCGGGAGUCAUCGCCUUGCAAAUUAUUACUUCUCUUUUCUCCUCCAAAUCUAUCAUUAGCCAGAUCCACACCAAACAACUUCCGCAUCCUUAAUUCAUCCGGAGCUAUGGCAGGAGCUUUGGUAGGUGCCACGGCUGGCUUCUUAGCCAACAAGGUGGCAAUUCUCGUCGAACUCGACGAGAAACUCAAGGCAAUGGCUGGUACCAAAAGGAAGAUGGAGAAGUUUAAGGAGUUGUUGACGAACAUUGACUCGGUGAUCCAAAACGUCGAGUCCCGCCCUUUUAUCGAUGAUGCUGUGAAGGACUUGCUGAAGAAGCUCAAAUACUUGGCCUACGAUCUCGAGGAUGUUGUGGAUUACUAUGACACCAAAGUCUUGCAUAAGAAGCAGAGAUCACACAGUACUGUUUUAAGGCCGGUGCGUGAUUUCUUCUCUACUAAUAAUCAAGUUUUGUUUAAGAGUAGGAUAGGCAGCAUGAUAAAAGCUAUAACAGAAAGUCUGGAAUCUAUUUUGCUGCAAAAGUCCAUUCUUCUCAAUUUGCCACCAGGCAUGUCGCAACCAAGUCCUUACAGAGAGAACCACUCCCGCAAUAGGUUUGUUGUUAUAGGGAGAGAACCAGAGAAGGAGAUGAUUGUCAACAUGUUGAUAGAUGACGAUGAUGAAAGCAGCCAUGAAACAGUGAAGGUCAUUGCCAUCGUUGGGAUGGGUGGCCUGGGGAAGACUACACUUGCUCAGCUUGUUUUCCAUGAUGAAACGGUGAAAAUUCAUUUUGCAAGUUUGAGAAUGUGGACAGUUGUUGAGGCUGAAUUUGAUCCUCUAAAAAUAAUGAACUCUGUUUUAGAACUCGCUACUGGUGCACCAGCCAACUACACACAAAUAGAUUCAGCAAGGCAGAACCUAGAAAAAGUAUUAACCGGGAAGAAAUUUCUACUCGUGCUGGAUGACGUAUGGAAUGAAGAUCCAUUAAAGUGGGGUGUACUGAAAGCAGCCUUAAUAUGCGGAGUAAAAGGAAGCAAAAUUCUAGUGACAACCCGCAGCCUACAUAUCUCUUCGAUAAUGGGUUCAUCCAAAACCCACCAAUUACAACAGUUGUCCAAAGAUCAUUGUUUGUCCUUGUUUCAACAGUUUGCUUUUGGAGAUCAAACAGUGGAUCAAAGUUUGAUGGAAAUUGGUGGAAAGAUUGUUGAGAAAUGUGGCGGCGUGCCCUUGGCUGCCAUUUCUCUUGGUAGCAUGCUCCAUAGCACUCGAGAUGAAUCGUAUUGGUCCUCCUUAUUGAGCAGUAAAAUAUGGAAGCGGGACAAUGAAAACAACCUGCUAGCUGUACUAAAGUUGAGCUAUAACAAUCUCUCUCUGCAGUCAAAGAAGUGUUUCACAUUUGGCUCCCUAUACCCAAAGAACUGUACGAUGGUGAAGGAUGAAUUGAUAAAACUAUGGAUAGCAAAUGAUUUUGUGCGUUCAGACGCUAAUUUUGAUGCCGAAACAAUUGGCAACCACGUCUUUACUGAACUUGUACAUAAGUCAUUCUUUCUCUUAGCAUCUUCCAAGGAGCGUGAUUUUAGAGAUUUUCUAUGGGCAUCUUCCGAGGGGUAUGAUCUUGGAGAUGUUAGUCAUGUAACCAACUGCACGAUGCAUGAUGUGAUGCAUGACUUGGCACGAUCAGUAUCGGUAAAUAUAUAUUGGAAUGAUAAAGAAGAUUUGGCGAAAGAUAUUGGAGACAGAAUAUAUCAUUUGCACAUGCACAAAGAUUUUGAAAAUUUAUCAAACACUAUUCAAGCCCGGGGCAAGAAGAGAUUGUACUUGCGUACCCUUAUAUUGAAAGAUAUUAGUUUAAACACCGAUCAACUUGAAUUUGUUUUCUCAAAUUUGAAAUUUUUACGGGUGUUAGAUUUAACUGGCAAUAAAAUCAAGGAGGUGCCAACGUCAAUAAGAAAUCUGAUACAUUUGAGGUACCUCAAUUUAUCUCGGAAUAUUAUUGAAGUUCUAUCUGACUCCAUAACCCUUCUUGCCAAUUUACAAUAUCUCAAUCUCAGUUUCAAUGAGGGACUUCAAGAGCUACCAAAAGAGUUAUGGAAUAUGCAAAGCCUUCGGGAUCUUGAUUGCAGGUGUUGUAAUUCUGGAUUUAUACGCAUUCCCUGUGGGUUGUCGAGACUAACUAAUCUUCAAAGUUUACCUGUCUUUGUUGCUGAUAGUAGAAGUGGUGCAUGCUCAAUUACAGAACUGGAGGAUUUGAAGCUUAAUGGAGAAAUGACAAUUAAAUUUUCUGAGAAUUUCACAAACUACUCUUGUGGUGGAAGAAAAAUUUUACAGGAUAAACAUCUUAAAGAACUAAGUUUAGAGUUUAAUCGUUCGGAGACAAAUGACAAGGGCAUGUUGGACGAUCUUUGUCCCAACACGAGCUUAAAGAAGUUGGGCAUAUGGCAUUAUGGGAGCUCACAAUUUCCAACAUGGUUUAUACAGUUACAGUCACAACUGCCAAAUUUAGUUGAAGUUAGUCUUAAUUAUUGCCGUGGCUGUGAGCAUAUUCCUCCGUUUGGAAAUCUGCACUUUCUUAAGAAGCUUGACUUAAUCUCUACGUAUGGCAUUACACACCUGGGAGCUGAGUUUCAUGGGAACGGAGGCUUUCCUUCUCUUCAAGAACUCAACUUGCAUAGGAUGAAUAAUUUAAAGGAAUGGUCAGAGUCUCAUGGUGCCGAUCAGUUGUUCCCUUCACUGCAGCGGCUGCGGGUUUACAGAUGUCCUGAAUUGAAAUGUAUGCCGAGGCUUCCUAACAUUCAAUCCCUUGAGAUAUUUUACUGCGAUGGGAGCCUACUCUCAUAUGUUGGAAGUCUCACUUCUCUUUCUAUUCUCCGAGUGGAGAAGAUGGACAACAUGACAUCUUUUCCAAGUGGUUGCAUUAGAAACCUCACUUCCUUGAUAGAAUUACGAAUUAUAGGAUGCGAUCAACUUCUGUCUCUUCCUAGGGGUGAAAUGAAGCGCCUAAAAAAGAUUCGUUCAUUGACCAUUGAUCGUUGUGAUAGUUUGGCAUUCUUGCCGUCGGAAGUGGGACGUCUCAAUUCUCUUCGUUUUCUACGGCUCGCAGGUUGUCCAAGGAUAAAAUUGCAGCCAUACGAAGUCGUACAAAUAUUGAAUUCGGUACAUGAGUUUGAAAUAACGAUUUGUGGCAAGAAUGUCAAUUUACAUGAGCAACUACAACGCUUAUACACGCUCAGAGAAUUGUUUAUAACUGGCGAACAUGAUAUCUAUAGCGACACCCAGUUAUGUAUCUGUUGUUGUGAGGAAUUGGAGUCAUUGAUGAUACCAGAUCCAGCAAGCAGUGUGCUACAACAUCUAUACAUAGAUGGAAUUUCCAAUCUCACGAAGUUGCCUGACUGGCUACAGCAUCUCGAGUCUCUUCGUUUUCUGUCAAUCCACAACUGCUCACGACUAGAAACGCUGCCACGGCUUUUGUGGUUGCAAACUUUGACAAUUAUUGACUGCCCGCAACUGAAAAGAAGAUACGAAAGGGACAGCGGCGAAGAUUGGCCGAUCAUCGCACAUGUGCCAUAUGUUGAUAUUUAAUAUGCUCCUCAGAUUCAGCCGAUCGACAUAGUUCAAAAGAUUCAUUGGCGAACGGUUCGACUGCGCAUGAGAUCUUAGUGGUUGCUCAAACCUAUAUACAUUGUGUCUUAUGAAGUCCUUUUAUUGCAAGUAAAUUUGUUUUGGUUGAGCCUUUAAAAUUAUACAUGUGAUUCAAUAUAUGUCACACUAGACUUCAUUGUUUGAUACAUUAUGAUUUUUCUCUCUCGAAGGAUUAUUGCUAUGUGAGAUCUUGUUGUUGCUUUAUGGUGUCGUUAUGUUGUAAUAAAUAAACUACUUGAUAUUGACAUGGAGUUGGAUAUUAUG